AUGCUCAAGAAAUAUAAAUGCGAUGUUGUCCCUGACCUCCUUGCUUACCAAGAGGGAAAGCAAGGCGAAGAUAGUAUCGUUCCGGGAGGUUAUAUUACUUAUUUGGUCUGGGAUAAAGUCCCCGGGGAGCCUCUAAGCGCAGAAGAAUUCUGGGAGCUAGAUAUUAAGUCGCGCCAAGCGAUCCGCGAUAAAUUUCGUGAAGCCUUCCCAAAGCUGAAGAAGUACGGUUACCUACCGUGUAUGUCAACCAUGUCGAAGAUCAUCUAUGACAAGGACACCGGGAAUAUGCAUUUCUCAGGCUUUUCACGCGCGGGUCGUACUAAUACAAACGAAGAGUGGCAUGACAAGUACUACGUUCUGUUUCGUUUGGCCAAGCUAUCUCCGAAGACGACGGACUGGGCCACGAUACCACAGGAUGGACUUAGUGAACAGCGAAGUCACACUCAAAUAGACCCCUAG